UCCAGCGGCGCGUAUAAAAGCAAAACCGUCAUUUUAAGACCUUCAUCGCGGUGUCCUUUGCACGAUGAAACUCAUUUAUCUGGCCGCUUUUUCGGUGGGACUCCUAGGUUCCAGCUUUGGAGCCCCAAGCCUCGCGAUGGGCACUGGAGACGGCAGCUUACAAGGGCGCAUAAGUACUGGUGGUUUCGAAGGCGGCAUCAGUGGCAUCGGUGAAGGCUUUGCUGGUCCAGAAUCCCAACCAGAAGAUUCGGAGGGAAACUUUGGGCCAGACAGGCGUUUCUCUGGAGGCGCACUUACUGGAUCAUUACGAGCAGACCGACCUCCAGGCACGGGCCCUGACGGCAUUUCCUUGGAGGGAGGCCUAGCCGGUUCCCCUGGUUUGUCAGGUCGCCUGGACGGAGCAGGAGGAGGCUCAUCAGCAAGAGUGGGCCCGGGCGCGUUAGGAGUGGCGGGUGGAUUGCGUGGUUCUGGCAGACUAAAGCCAACUCUGCUCAGAGGAAUGUCGGCAGCUGCGGGACUUGGAGGUGCCGGUGGCUUGGCGGGAGGAAUGGAUGUGGGGCCGCUCCUAGGGCAAUCGGGAGGCCGCAUUGAACUGAGUGGAGAGGGUGGCACAGGAAGAAGUCAAAGAACUCGCACUCUCGGCGAAAGAAUUGCUCUUAGCAGAGAUCAGCGUCGGGUGCGGCGACUGUUGCGUCGUAUAGCGCGCCUGCAAAGACGACAAGAAAGGCUGCGCUCGGAAGCUGCUCGUUCAGGCAUUGUGACGGGUGUUGGUGUAGACGCUGGUAGAAUUAGAAGUGCUGGCAUUGACGCUGGUGUUGGUGGAGACGCUAGUAGAAUAGCAGGUGCAGGCGUGGGUGCAAGUAUUGGCGCAAGUAUUGGUAUUGGUGGAGGAACUGGUAGAACUUCUGGUGGAGUUUCUGGUCCACGCGCUGGUGUAGAUGCUGGUGUAGGCCUCGGUGUAAAAAAUGUUGCCUGAGCGGCAGGAGCAGUACCUGCAGUGUUCACUGUCGAACAAGUAUAAAUGUUCGCAGGUGGCUUCGAGAACGAAUCAAACAUCAUUUGUGAGCAUAAUGUUAAGGCCAGCAUUAAUUAGGCCUCCUAAAUCAAAGCCGAUGUACUUUUGCUGUGUUCUGUGUAAAAUAGGUCGGCUUAUCGGCGGUGAUUGAUUCUAUUGCGAAAAUAUGUCGUAUAGAACAGGCUGCUUUUUUUCUGCUUUCUUCUAUAAGCAAGCAAUUGCAUAUUGGGUCCACUUACUCACUUGUUAAUAAGAGCCAAGCACCUUUCUCGCAAGCUCAAAUAUACACUACAACAAUCGCAAUUCGCCGACUCUCUUACUUAGGUUUCCAUGAAUAGCGCUAUUGCUCCAAGUGCUGCUAAAGUUCUUUUUAAUGCAUUUUGUGACAAGAGUCCAGUUGAAGCUACAUACUCUAUAGCCUUUUUACGUGUACGUUCAGCUAUGUAAAGUCCAGUUUAACACGAGCAUCUGUUAUAAAAAAGUGUGCUGACCCCAUGAUGUCUGUCGUGUCUAUAAGUUGAGAGAUUAAAAAGAGGUUAUUUCACGGA